AUGGAUCAAUUGGCUCUCAAGAAACUCGUCAAUAAACUAAUUGAUGAAAAGCUCAAACUAGUUUGUGAAGAAUGUCGCAAGAAAACUACCCAAAAAAAACUCGGAUAUCAUAAUUUCAACAUUUCCAUACAACCAACUCCAAUCAACUUUGAUUUCAGUAUCGACAACGAAAACAAGGAAAACUGUCUUUCAUCCAACAGAAAUGCUAACAGAGUCAAAGCCUCAAAGAGUUAAGCCCUCGAUCUAGGACAAUAGAUAUUUAAUGCAGAUAUAAGUGUAAUUAGACCUAUUUCUUAAUUUUCAAGUCCAACAGUUAAAGCAUCUCGAAAAAAAUCUAUGCCUUUUCUCAAAAAGGAAACACAAACGACUUAUGAGAAAGUACUUAAGUCGAAGAAGUGA